AGGCUGCCGGAACAGUAGAUGGCGGCGGAGAGCGGCGAAGCACAGAUCUUGUGAGCGGCGGAGGCCACAGCGGGCGGAAGGGAUCUGACGUCCGAGGCUCUGAGCUCUCGACGGGGAAGAUGAAUCCCCAGGUACCCCGAUGGAAUAAGAGACUGAGGAUUGGUGCUGCUGCACCAAGCAGGACACCUUGCUCAACUCGAAUCAGUGUGUUUCAGAAGGCUGUUAGGAAUUUGAGAGAGGAUGGGAAAUGCUGCUGGACAAAUACAAGAUGAGAACACAUCCUUACAUGACAGCCUUUUGAGAUUAGGCAGAAAUACUGCUGGGCAUCUAAAUGAUCAGCUUGCUGCAACUUCAAGCAGAACUGGAUGUGAAAUAUCAGAUGGAGAGAGAAUCCCGUGCAUCGGCAUUGAAUGUGCAGAUGGGUUUGGUUGAAGGGAUUAUUGACAUCUCUGACAGUGAACGCAACGAUGAAGUUAAUUUUGAAGAGUGGUCUGAUCCUGAGCAUGCUAAACUGGUUGAGACAGAUAGAAGGUUGAGAGAGCAAGAGGAGAAAGAUGCAGAGGUCGUGAAGAUGUAUCAGGAAAUGUAUGGCAAAAAUGAUGGGCACCAAGAAGUCUCAGGCACGGAUAAUGAUUCACUUGUUGAGAAGCACCGUAAGUUAAGGGAGCAAGAGGAAAAAGACACCAAGGUUGCAAUGAUGUAUCAAACACUGUAUGAUCAAAAUGCUACUGAAGCUCAGAUCACCAAUGUGCCAGCAAACAGAAUUCUUGCUCAGGCGGCAAAACCUGCAGGUCGGGAAAGAAGCCCCAUGGAGGGUGGGCGUAGAGGACGGGGGUGCGUUGGUGGUGCCUCCAGGGCAGGGAACAUGAAUUCCAUGAAGUGGUCUUGGAGGCGGAAAGGGAAGAAGUCGGAAACAGGAUCCAAGGGGCAGAGGAGAGUGAGGUUCUCGAACACUGUGGAGACGAUAUGCCCAUCGAAAUCCUGAGUGAAGACAGUUCUAGUGAUGAUGGAAUGCAGCAAGCGAAGAUGAUCACGAGCCUGCACAUCUACCUGGUAGCAACGUAGAUGGUUUGGAUACAUUAGUUGCAAAUGACAUCGUGGCGGCGAGGUCAAAGGAGGGUGGAAGAACCACCGUCAGCCAUGUCAGGAGUGCAGCACGCGGUGGAGUUGACGCUGCUCCGCACGGACAUGGGACUCACAAAGGCCCUGGGACCAGCCGAUAUCGGGAGUAGCCCAUGUGGGAGAAUUGAGCGUCGCGAGAGCGAACCUGGAUACACAUUUCAGUGGUUCAUCAGGUUAGUGCAAGCCUGGAUGGUCGACAGUCAUGCAUUUGUAGCAAAGAUGAUGUUGGAAAUGUUGAAGGUGCACAUAAUUUUCCAAAAAAUGAAUAAUUCGGCAUGGCGGGGAGGGUGGCAGUCCUCCGGUUAAGAUUCGGUGGUAUAGCCUUUGAUUAGUCGGCGCAUUUCAUCAGCAAUAUCAAUGUGAUGCUGAUAAGCACCUAAAAUUCCUGAUUAGGAUUAUGAUGAUUCUUUAUAGUUCUCUCAGCAAAAGAGUACAUUUCCCAUACUGUUGCUUCUGGGUUGAUCUGCUAGAAUAGUGGUAGCAAGCCAUCGCUUGAAUUCAUCAAAGGACUCAGUAACUUCUACGGCAUGCUUAGCAGAGAUAUGUGAUGUUGGUGCUGGGGGGUCUCCGGUGUGUUCUGAUGUAUGGCUACGUGUGGGUACGUCCUCAGCAGCCGUCUCCCCCAGUAAGGAAUAAGGACAGUAAGAUUGACCAGUCAUAGAAAGCAUGAAAAAUCUUGAAAAUGUAACUGUGACUCGUAGGACUGGUCAAAUAAAGAUUCCUGUGAAAUGUUUGGAAAAAUACUGAUGUCAACAACUUCCUUUGUGCACAGUUAUGCAGUAAUGCUGGAUAUAAUCACAUCUGCUGGCUUACAUGCAAAAAGGUUUGUAGUUAAAAAUCCUUAAUUUACAACAGUCCUUGGUUGACGUUUGAGCAGAUGUUGGCAGAGCAAUUUGGUCAUCUAAUACAUGAGCACAUAAUAAUUCUUGUUAAUAAAUCAAUCAGAUCUAGCGGUACUAAUAGAUGGUAGAGCAUGAUAUCUUACUUCUGAUGAGAAUAUAAUUAGAUAUGAUAAUAUAUGUGCGUGGAAUGGUAUCUGAAAGUACUGCAUAAUGGAGAGAUCGACAAACUAAGAUGCAUCACUGACAAUAAAAUUCAGUUUGGCAUGAACAUCUGAUUUGGGUAGGAAAAACCUUGGUCUACCAACUGCGCGGCAUGCGCGACAAACAUCAGGAGAACCAAAUCAAACCUUAGAUGGCACACUGCGCAGCAUGCAUGUAGAUCGAGUGGGUGUGAUGUACUUGAUCAGCCGGUGUAGCUAGUGAAUGUAUACGGUGGCCGGUCAGCACGUAGACCAAGGUAGUGAUGUGACUAGUGUCAAAGUGUUGUUAGAAAAAGGUCUCAAAGUUAAAAAAAAAACUGUAGCUGGUGGAACUUGAAAAAAAAACGCAGGCGCAAUGAUUUGCAGAGCUUAGUACUACUCCAUGUGUGGCGCCGGUCGUAUUUUAUUAGUAGAACCCAUGAUUACAGCAGACUAUAUACAGACACAAAAGAACCAUCAGGGCUGAUGACAAAGGGCUUAGCGCGUACUUCCAAAUCUAAAUGACAGAUUGCAUAGUUCGUGGUACAUUUGGGACAACACUCAGGCUAAUUAGCUAAAGGACCGUUUAACUGGUUUGCUGCCCAAAAUUAGGACUAACAACGCCAGGACAAGCAGGUGGUUAGUGCCGGCGAGGAGCACCAAUGUGCAUCUGCUGAAUCUGUGGCUGAGCAGGUAGAUCUGCCGAUGUGGGGCUUGGUGCUCGAUCUCGGUGCCGGCAGG